AUAGGUCGUGGAAGGAGGAGUCGAGGAAGCUGAGUGACGAGGGGGGAGAUUAGAGCUGCUGUGACACAACACAACACAGUGUCUUCACAAACUGUAAAGAUAUUGACGCCUUGGACACUGUAUUCUGCCAGGAUGACAUCCCGUGGAGAUCAAUAAAGGAUAGAGGACCAUUCCUAUAGACGUUGUUGUUACAUUGGACAGGAUUUCGUCGCGGCGGCGGUAGAAUAUUCCAUAAACACAGAUCUGCAGAUGGGUCAGGCUCUGUGGAGGGUGGCAAGGAACCAGCAGCUGCAGCAAGACUUUGGUGAGCAGUACUACCUGCAGCAGGAGCAGCAGCGGGAGCGCAUGGGGCGCCGGGUGCCACCCACGCAGGGCGAGCAGCUCGCCAUGCGCCGCGGCACUCCGCACUGCCAGGUGCCCGGCGGCGACAUCAGCCACCUGCUGCGCGUCCGCAAGGGCAAGGACGAGCAGGGCUUCAUCGACCUGGAGAUGCUGCCUCCAGAGCUCAGCAUCACCAUCCUGUCCUACCUGAACGCCACAGACCUCUGCUUGGCCUCCUGCGUGUGGCAGGACCUGGGCAACGACGAGUACCUGUGGCAAGGGUUGUGCAAGUCCACUUGGGGCCACUGUUCCAUAUACAAUAGAAGGGUUCCCCCUGGUUUCUCCUAUAGGAAGCUUUACAUGCAGCUAGAUGAAGGAAGUCUUACCUUUAAUGCUAACCCACAGGAGGGUAUCAGUUACUUUAUGUCCAAAGGCAUCUUGGCCGACCAUCCGCAGGAAAUCGCCAAGUUCAUAUUUUACACUAGAACGCUGAAUUGGAAGAUGCUGCGGAUCUAUCUGGAUGAACGGAGAGAUGUGCUGGAUGACUUGGUGACUCUGCACAAUUUCAGCAACCAGUUUCUGCCCAAUGCACUGCGAGACUUCUUCAGGCACAUCCACGCCCCGGAGGAGAGGGGCGAGUACCUGGAGACGCUCAUCACAAAGUUCUCUCACCGCUUCUGUGCCUGCAACCCCAGACUGGUGCAGGACCUCGGCCUGAGCCCAGAUGCCGUUUACGUGCUGUGCUACUCCCUCAUUUUGCUGUCGAUCGAUCUCACCAGCCCACAUGUGAAAAACAAGAUGUCGAAACGGGAGUUCAUCCGCAACACGCGUCGCGCUGCCCAGAACAUCAGCGAAGACUUUGUGGGCCAUCUCUACGACAACAUCUACCUGAUAGGUCAUGUAGCCGCUUGAAGCAGCCCGCUGCCUCCACCACAGAAGCAAAAGAGUGAGCAGUCGGCUAACAGCACUACAGUAGUACAUAAAUAUAUAUUGUAUGUAUAACGAAAAAAAUAUCUAGGACAGCACUGAGAAGGACUCCGCUAUGGGGAAGAAAGGGGAACUCGGAUCGAAAACGCUGCACGUCAGUCCGACCCAGGGUUCUGGAAGCCUCGUUGUUUCAAUACUGGUGUAGCCAACACAGAUAGUCGGGCGCCGAGAAGAGAAGCCCCGCGGGGUGACCCAGAGUGGGAGGAAGGGAAAACAGACUAAUGAGCUGGCACACAGCACAGUAUAUUCUCAGUGGUAGCAUACGGCGUAACCAAGGCCAAUCAUCGUAACUGUGCAGGUCCCGUAGCAAACUUGUCUUCAAUUCAACUUUUCCAGACACACGCUGUAAAAUCGGCUGUAACUGAAUAACAACAAUAAGUAACAUUAUUGCUGUUAGCCAGCGUAAAAAAAAAAUCGGCGACCGUUGCAAUUUAUAUGGAGAAUAUUUCAUUACAGCGUUUAAAUAUGCAAGUCACACACACACACACACACACACACACACACACACACACACACACAAACCUACGCAUACAUACAUACAUACACGCACACUUUUUAAAAUGAAGAUUGGUAUUGUAGUGAAACUGGUUUAAGUUGAGGUUUAAGGCAUAUUCUUAAUGCUUACCCCCAAUGUUUUGAGUUGAAUCCACCGCCACCCCAUAUUGCGAUGAGAAGAUUUUGUGAAAUACAAUUAAUGCACAGAUAACUUGAUUGGAAAUGAACAACAGAAGCUGAAGUUAAUGACUUGAGCCAAAAUUGUGUUAAAUGAAGAUUUUGUGCUCGUCAUCCUCACAACCACUUGUUACGGACUUGAUGCUACUCACGCUCUCUGGUAAAUGAAGCACUAAGUCACCUCUGUGGCACUAUAGGAAGUGAAUGUUCCCAUCCUUUAGUUAGGGUUUCCUCCUUAUUUCGAAACUCACUUACGUUAUACCCUGAUAACACCUACUGUGAUAUGUGUCUGUCAAUUUAUUGCCUUCUUGUUAUUUCUGUCCAAGUCUUUCUCCACUGCUCUCUGAAAGAUGAAGAAUCGUCCAGCCUGGUCACAGUUAGUGUUUCUCGGGUUGCUUUGACUAGACCAUUGCCCCCCCCCAUUGUUAUUAAAUAAGUAUGCACUUUACCUUGCUCCCUCCAGGUUUUCAUUUGGCCGUCUUGCAAAUCUGAAGGACUUUUUAUUUCUCCUAAUUGGCUUUUUCAUUUAGUUUUAAUGUUUUGUUGGCGUUUUUUUUCCUUGCUGAUAGAGUGCCAAUAGUUAUGUGUUGAAAUGACAAAACUGACAUACAAGCAUCAACAAAGCAUUCACUGAGUUUGAAGAAACAUUGAUUUGUUUUAUUUGCACAUCAUGUAUAUAUUUUAUUAUAGAGAUUUAUAAACACAAAUUUUAUUUUGAAGUAUUUUAAACUAAAUGCUUGCACGCUCUCUCUCUCUCUCUCUCUCUCUCUCUCUCUCUCUCUCUCUCUCUGUAAAUGGAGUGGAUCAUUUUUGCACUUCUUUGAGUACUCAACCACACACAAGAAGCUUCUUUUUAUCUUCAUAUUUUUCCACUACUAUUGGAAAUGGAAGUGAUAAAAGAUUACUGUUGAUCUAUUUAUGAAGUUGCUUUUGUUGAUGGAAAUCACAAAGGCCUACUCUGCUGCAUUAACAUGCUCUUAUUUUCAGCUAGGUUUUCUGUAUGCAUAGGACUCAUGGUUGUGGAGGAAAUUGCCAUGUUGGCUAUGCCACCAUGAUUUCAGCGAAAUUGCUAAAAUGAUGGUAAUAUAAAAGGCUGUUCUUUGAAUGACAACACUGGACUAAAACACUUCUAGAUUGUAUAAUAAUAAAUCUUUCUGAAAACGCUG